GUCUCGCGUCCCUAGUUCUCUCACGACCUCUCGCGCGCGCCGCCACCUCCCGCACCGUGCCGCCUCUUCCUCCUCCAGCUCUCUCGCGCACGGCGCACGCGCCCGUAACCCUAAACUCCGGCUGUGACGAUGGCGGCAGCGGCAGGCGGUGGCGCUCGGGCGCUGUCCCAGCGGGAGCAGGACAUCCAAAUGAUGCUCGCCGCCGACGUCCACCUCGGCACCAAGAACUGCGAUUUCCAGAUGGAGCGAUACGUCUACAAGCGCCGCAGUGACGGUAUUUACAUUAUUAACCUUGGCAAGACCUGGGAGAAGCUCCAAUUGGCUGCGAGGGUCAUCGUUGCAAUUGAGAACCCCCAGGACAUGAUCGUGCAGUCUGCUAGGCCCUAUGGCCAGAGGGCUGUCCUCAAGUUUGCGCAGUACACUGGUGCUCAUGCCAUUGCUGGCAGGCACACUCCUGGUACAUUCACCAACCAGUUGCAAACCUCAUUCAGUGAGCCACGCCUUCUUAUCCUGACCGACCCCAGGACUGAUCAUCAGCCCAUUAAGGAGUCUGCACUUGGAAACAUUCCCACCAUUGCCUUCUGCGACACUGACUCUCCGAUGCGCUAUGUUGAUAUUGGCAUUCCUGCCAACAACAAGGGGAAGCAGAGCAUUGGUUGUCUGUUCUGGCUGCUUGCCAGGAUGGUUCUCCAGAUGCGUGGUACAAUUCUCCCAGGACACAAGUGGGAAGUCAUGGUUGACCUAUUCUUUUACAGGGAUCCAGAGGAAGCCAAGGAGCAGGAGGAAGAAGAGGCUCUGGUUGUUCCUGACUAUGGUGCAGUCGCAGAAUAUACUGCUCCAGCGACCGACAACUGGGGUGGUGAAUGGGGGGCUGCUGAUGCUGCAGCUCCACCUGCUGUCCUUCCAGCACCAACUGGGGCCGACUGGACUGCUGCUCCAGCUCCUCCGGCCGAUGGGGUUUGGGACGCUGCUGCUGCCCCUCCUGCUGCGGCACCUGUCGUGGCACCCACUCCAAACUGGGAGUAGAAAAGUACGGUUACCGAUGGGAAAAGAGCUUGAAUUUGAGUUAUGUUAGAAAGUCAAUUUUGUGUUCUUGACUCUGCUGGGACAGAGUGACCCGGUUUUUUUGUUACCUCAUGGAUAGCUUUAUUUUAAGCGCAAUUUGAGAACAAGUGUACGCCUUUCACAACUUUGUCCGUCUUGCCUGCUCCCUGAAUUUUUACUGCCUUGUCGUAGAUCGAGUCAUCUGUAUGUGUUCUAGCUUUA